AUGUCCAUUGAGCACGAAGAUGUUUUUACAUCUCAAGAUAAAACUGUUCUAAGCGCCGACUGCAGCGACAUUGUGAUUCUGGAGUAUCUGAGCAAGGCUCCGUUUGUUACCCACGAGGAGAUAGUAAAUGCCCUGAAGAACAUAGAUUCAGAAAGACUGGAAACAAUCGCAAAAUACAACCCUUCCAUUAUAUACACAAUCUACGAUGUGCUUUUGCUCAGAAGCAGCCAAAGUCCUGAGGCGUGCGAUGAAGGGCUAAUGGAGAACGCUAUCUUUACGUCCUUUGCCACCCCGCGGACUCCAUACAGCAUGUGGAAUAAGGAUGCGCUGCGCUUUACAAGCCUUGACCUCAAGACAGCGCAGAAGCUCAGCGCCAUCCUGCGCGGGAAGUACAACGAGAUUAAACCGCACGAAAUAAUGGAUUUACUGCGAAGACUGGAGCACAUGUGCUCAGGAAAUGGGUUCAGCAUGCAGGAAAAGAGCCUAGCAUUGGCGCUUCUUAACAUUACGGCCAUUGAGAGAAAUAUUUCACCGCGGUACAUUCUGCACAUAUGCUGUCUAAUGAAGACAAUGCGGUACCCAACAGCAGACACCACACUGCUGGAGUACUUUGAAAGAGAAGACCCCAGCAUUGGAGAGUGUGCUGUGAUUUCCUCAGUUAAAGAAAGGAGAAAGAACAGCCAUUGGUGUGUUAAGCUCUUUUUGGAGGUGUACACAGACCGCGUGCUCAGUGUGUUUUACAAAAUCAAAGAAACACUCGAGCAGUUUAUCAAGGAAAAAGAUAUAGAUAGGGUGGUUGAGCUACUCACGUCUAUAUACAUGUACAGCAAUGAUGAAAAAAUGGAAGAUACGAUCUUUACGUCUUUUGGAGAAGAUGGAAAAUUUCUGCUGGAAAUGUGCAAAGAGCACAUUUGGAACUAG